GGGGGUAGUCACAGAGGGAGGCGGUCUCAGAAAACACACACACACACACACACACACACACAAAGGGCCCCGCUGGUUCAAGUGAGGAUAGGGACCGUCCUGAGCUGAACUCAACGUUACAAAUAGGAGGUGCGGUAUUCCAAGUGGAGCAGAGUGGAGGUGCGCCACGCCGAUGAUAAUAUUAAGUAACAGAGCUGAGUGGAUCUGCAGUGUUUGAAACGGGGAGGGAGACCGAGGAGAGCGCUUCUUACCGAACCGGACAAAACGACGUUUGGAGAGGCGGAGGACUCUUCUUCACCGGAGACAACUGAGCACGUUACAGAGGUGGCAUCAUUGUUGCAUCCAGAGAGUCCAGGAGCGCUCAGCACCACACAGCGGAGAAUCACUCGACCCCUAACAGGCGUGAUGUUUGAGGAGGAAUCCCAGCAGAUGAGGGGGCAGCAGGAAGUGGCUGUGCUCCAGGCUCUGGAGUCACCUGCAGCUGUGACUCCAUGUGGAGGAGGAGGAGGAGGAGGAGGAGGAGGAGGAGCAGGGCCGAUGUCCUUCACAGAUGAAGCUGUGUCCAUCCUAACCUCCAGCAGUUUGUUGGCACGCUCCCUGCUGGGUCGCACUUCCGCCGUCAAACGCAAAGAGAGUCCUUCUUCCAGCAUCCGACGCAAGCGCGAGUUCAUCCCUGUUGACAAAAAGGAUGAGGGCUACUGGGACAAGAGGAGGAAGAACAACGAGGCAGCCAAGCGCUCACGAGAGAAGCGGCGUGUGAAUGAUAUGGUCCUGGAGAGCCGUGUUCUGGCUCUCCUGGAGGAAAACGCUCGUCUCAGGGCCGAGCUGUUGGCUCUGAAGUUCCGCUUUGGCCUGGUCAAAGAUCCCUCCAACGCCCCUAUUCUGCCCCUCACUACAGCUCCUCAACCCACCUCUCAAACCUUGACUCCUCACUAUUAUGUCCACAGAGGAGACGGAGGCCUUCCCAGUUCAUCAGCCUCACAUCCCAACAACCAGCCAGGCCAGCUGAGCACCAGGGGCUCCAGGGAUGCAGGCAACAUGUCAGAGGACUCAGGAUUCUCCACACCAGGUGGGUCCAGUGUGGGCAGUCCAAUCUUCUUUGAAGAUCGGCUGAGCGACCAUGGAAAAUUAUCACCACACAGGGCAGAGGAGCUAGGCUAUGACCUCCACCCCUCCCCUGCUGAUGUCCUCCACAGUGUAGGACUCACUGCGGGGAAGUUGGACCAAGCAGAGUCCAUGAAAAACCUUCCUCACAAGCUACGUUUCAAGACGCCCGGCAGCGGGGACAUGGUUGAUGCCAUAGGGGACAACAGCAGUGCCAGACGCAGCCCUGUGCUAUCUACAUCAGGGCGGGAGGCUCUGAGAGAGGCCCCUAAAAUACUGAGUGGAGGUGAAACUGGAGCGGGGCAUUGCACUGGCUCCUGGCUCCAGCAGGUGGAGGGGGAUGACAGCAGGAGGGGGAGGCAGUCCCCUCAGUACAGCACUUCAGCUGCCGUCUGCAGCUUCCAGCUUCCUCCGACGCAAGGGCAAAGUGAGGUCCAGUAUAAGCACGAGAACACUCACCUGAAGUCUCAGCUCAACUCUCUGAGCGAGGAGGUGGCUCAGCUGAAGAGGCUUUUCACAGAGCAGCUCAUGGCCAAAGUCAACUGAGGACCGGAGCUCUGAGUCAGUGUUUGCCAGUGUCUAGACUUUAAUGGACAAACAAAGUUUUGCUGUAAGUGAGCCUAGAAAAUUCAGUGCAAAAACAGCAGCAGUGCUGGACCACACAGACAUCCAGAGACUGAUCAAACUGAUCUUUUAACAUGGUGUUGUUUUGAUUUCGAAUACUGUAUUAUAUUGUAAUAAAUGUCUAUAAACAUUCAUCUCAUAACCUGCUGUUUAAAAUGACUUAAUCUCAGCUCUGAUCAAUGUUGCUCAGACAGGGAGUCUCAUCUGUAAUAGUGUUAAGUGUGUAUAGUUUCUCUACUCCAUAUACUGUGACAAUGAAAAAAAACAUGAAACUGUUUACGUCACUCAUUACAGUGCAAACUUAAAUGAUUAUCGUUAAUGGACGGCAGGUUUGGCUUCUGAUGCCACAUUGAAUUCAAUUAGAAGUUACCAGUUUUGUAGUUGGAGUGGUUUGACUUUUCCCACCGCUGACACAGGUCUGUAAACACGAGUGGAGACAACUAUUUGCAGUCCAAACCUCCAAACUGCUAAAAAGAAAGGUCUGUUCUGAAUCGGUGUUCACAUAGAAGACAUCUGUUCGGCUUGUUUCUCAUCACUUGUAAUGUCUCACAUGGUCGAGGAGCUCCUUUCAGACACUGUUAACAUGUACUGUUUUGAUGUUUCAUGUCUCACUUGGGCCUGUCUUCAUGUCUCAGUUUGAAUACAUUUUAUUACUGUUGUGUGAUCUGUACUGAGGUGAUGACAAGAAUUUAAUGUCUGCUGUACGUUUUCAUAUUAAAAAUAAACACGUUUGACAGAUUCAA